CUCUUCAAAAGACAGGCAACUAGUUUCUAAACGGCGUGUGAGAUAGAUUUCCCUCCACAUAGCAACAAUGGCAGCCUCCAAUACCAAUGUGAUACGGGUGCGAUUGUAUUUUGAUUACCCGCCGCCCUCGGUAUCCGACUGUCGCAUGUGCUGGGUGCUCGUCGAUCUGAACAAAUGCCGGGUGGUAGCAGACAUAGCCAGCGUAAUCAGGGAAAAGUUCGACUUCAGUCGCAGGAGCAUUUUGAGUCUGUUCAUUGAAGACUGCUACCUGCCGCACACAGAGAGCAUCUACGUAGUCCGAGACAACGACAGCAUCAGAGUGAAGGUGGACACCCUAACCCGUUCGAAUGGAAGUCAGUCGAACACAUCUGUUGUGAACGCCAAGAAGAAGAGGAGGAGAGAUGCCGAGGAGGAGGAGGAGGAGGCCACACAGAACCGAGUGAGUGAAGAGUGGAAGAAAAAGAAGAAGAGAAAGAAAGAGGGUCAGGAGGCCGAUUCCAACCAGGCUGCGGUUGAAGAGAGGAGGAAAGAAGACAAGAAGAAACAGAAGAAGAAUGAUAAGAAGGUGGCGACCAAAACCACUGCCUCGUCCACAGGACCCCCCCCCACCUCGUCUACAGGACCCCCUCCCACCUCGUCCACAGGACCCUCUCCCACCGUAGUCAAAGCGGACAAAAACACCAAGAAGGCUCCGGCGGCCACAGCAGUAUCUGUUAACGGUAAAGCCACAGCAAAGACCCCGACUGGGGAAGCGGACGACUCUUCUGAUCCCAGUGAAAGCAGUAGUGAGGAGGAGGCCCCCAGUAAAACCCUCAUGCAGAAACUACCCCCCAAAUCCCACUCUGCUAGCUCUACACCCCCUGUCACAUCUAAAGCCCCCCCUGUAGUUAAACCCCCAGCCCCCAAUAAGAAACCACGCCCACCUCCCUCGUCAUCCGAUUCGGACUCCUCAGACUCAUCGGGUGACGAUGCAUCUAGCAAAGCCACCACAGGCAAACUUCCCGUUAAAAACCAAACUCCUCUAUCCAAGCCUGCUGCCACUCCUACCACCAUACCCACAGGCUCCGGAGCUGGUCCUAGGGACAAAACCACCCCCCCCAAGCCCAGACCCAGCCUCCCUUCCUCAGGUCCCAGGACCUCUGUAUCCCCUGGCCAGAGAGCUAAUGCUCCAGGGCCAGGCUCUACCCCAGCAGUGCAAAAGGCCCACAGGAGGCCUGAGAGCCCAGGCUCUAGUAGUAGUAGCAGUGAGGAGGAGAUCCGGCUGGUUAUCAAACAACCGGGGAUGGGGGUGGGGAUGGGGAUAGUCCCUGCUAUGGCAGCAGAACCCACCUGGAGAGGCCGAGGCAGGGGAAGCCCUAGGGAUGUGGAGAGAGGUGGGGGUAGAGGGGAUGGAGGUUGGGGUGGUGGAGGUAGGGGGAUUAGAGGGGAGUGGGACAGGGGUCCUCGUGGUGGGGGUAGAGGUGGGGAGUGGGACAGGGGUCCUCGUGGUGGGGGUAGAGGUGGGGAGUGGGACAGGGGUCCUCGUGGUGGGGGUAGAGGAGGGAGAGGGGAAGAUAGCGGGGCAGGGGGAGGAGAUAAUGCAGGGUUUUAUUUCAACUAUGAAGGUGGACAGCGACAGCAGACUCAUCAGCAGCCCCCGUCCUACCAGAACGACUCCCUGAUUAACAGCUCUGUGGUGUUCCAGAACCAAUCAGAGAGUGUCCCCAAGAGGGACUACAGUGAGAUGCCCCUCCUAGCUGCUCCCCCUCAGGACGGACAGAAGAUCGCCUUCAAGCUGCUGGAGCUGACAGAGAACUACACGCCAGAGGUGUCUGAGUAUAAAGAGGGGAAAAUCAUUCAUUUUGACCACAGCACCAAACAGAUUGAGCUAGAACUGCUCUCUGCUCAUCAAGCCCCGGUGGAGCCGGGGAAGUUUGACCUGGUCUAUCAGAACGCUGAUGGGUCAGAGAGUGUGGAGUACGCCGUGUCCCGGGGCUCCAGGGUGACUGAACGUUGGGACUCACUGCUGGAACCCAGGCUAGUUGUUGGGAAUUUGAGCUGAGGAACAAGAUGGACGUUCUUGGUCGACUUGGCCCAGGCAUUUCUAAAACACUGGCCCCCCCCCCCCCCCCUUGAGUUCCCCAGUAUUGGCCAAAUUAUAAUAAUUUGGCACACAACCCUAAUUUAGACUGGGUUAAAGAUGGACCAGCCCAAAUCUGGAAUUUUCCGGAUCUGCCCCAUGGCCAGUCCGUUUCUGGUUGGGAGGAUGGACUGGGGCUUGUUCUGACACCCCCAUAGACGGUUUACCCUGGACCCAGAUGAAGCUGGAGAUGUUCCAUUGACUAUGAUUUUGUUUAGUUCAGGAGUAGAGCCUUAAUCUGGGUCUGGGAAACCAGCCUUACUGUCAACAUGUGGUUGACUCUACAGUCUCUCUGAUGAAGAGCUGUAUACGGGUAGAUAUUUUACCUUACCAAACCCCUUAUCCCAGCCUUACCCCUUUUUAUAUUACCCUGCUCCUCCCUACACUGGGGGUUUCAGCCUUAGGGCAGGCUUUUGUUCCAGCCCAACACAACAACAAAAAUCUGGUCAAUUCCACUUCAAGUCAACUAAUUCAGGAUAACAUUUUUUUAUGAAGAUUUGUUCAAUUCAAUAGUUUUGAGUUUCAGUUUAUUUCCUCAGUAAACAAGAGUUAAAAUGAAAUUGACCAGAACCUUGGAUUCAGCGACUCAAAGUCUGGAUUAAAGCUAUUGAUUAGUUUUAGUUCUGGGUGUGAUGAGCACCAUUUUAAUGACCCACUCAAACCUUCUAAUGUUGUAUUGUGGAAGAGAGGGUACAGGGUAGGUUGCGUAAGUACCGUCAAAUAUGUUAUUUAACCUUUGGUCUUGACUAGACACAUUGAUAUAACUGUGAAUGUCCCAUCUUUACUUUUUUUUUUAAUUUUUUUUUUUUACUUGUUUGUAAGAUAAUAAAGUUUG